AACUUAUUAAAUAGAGCAUGGACUUGGUGAAUAACAGCUUGCGCAGGCUGCAUUCCCUUGUGGCAAAGAUGAAGUAUACCGGAGAAUUUGAUGCAGACAGGAUGAGAAUUGGAGACAGUUACAGCUUACUACCCAUUUGCAAUUAUGGUCUUCUUCAUUUUUCUUCUAACCUGGCAUUGGAAAUAUCGAAUUUGGGACUAGAAGUCUACGGUACAUCAGAUUCAAAGUUUGUCGAAUGCCUCUAUCGGGUAAUGAGAGAUAUAUUCAAUUAUCAGCCUAAAAUCAAGCAAACACAAUUUCUAUCUAGCACCGGCUUUGCAGAGAAAAAGAUUUCGUUGGUGGCUGAUGUGAUGCAGGCCAUCAAUGAAAAGUACCCAAUGAAACCCAAAUCAAAAAUUGUAGCAGCCAGUAGGGUUUUUCCACCGAACCGAUCUGCCCCACCAAACAUGGGAAGAGUGGAGCGAAAUAUACCCCUAGAAGUCAAAGAAAAUGGGAACGGAGUUAAAGAUCUGGCAGCUAUGUGUCAUCAAUCCAACAUGAGACCUGCCGCAGUAAAAGUAACCGAAAUUGUCGAUGAGAAGACGAUAGCUGCAAAUGGAGAACAACUGGCAAGUUCGGCCUUUCGACAGGUGGGAGUUCCUCAGCCUAUGGUUCAGAACCAUGUUACAAGGGCCGACGACUUUUCAUCUACCAACCGCUUUGCUCAUAUGCUCGCAAAUGGACACGAUUUGGAAACUAGAGAUGUGAGGUCACAGUUAGAAGAACAGUCAAAUCAGCUGAAAGAGGCAAUGAAGUCGGCGAGUGAAAAAGAGGUAGUGAUAGUUGAGAAGUUAGAUCAAGUGUGCUCUAUGUUGGAGCGCCUAAGCUCGCGUCAAGAUCGGCUGGAAUCUAAAGUGGAUGAGUUGCUGAAUAAACCAAAUUCUGAAAGUAGUGCUUCCAGAACCUUGGACAACCUCAGUGCGAGAACGUCUCUGCUGGAGACCAAAAUUGAAAUGAUAGAGAGUGAAAAUUCAAGAAUAUAUCGUCAGAGUCCUGUAGCAUCUAUCACCAGAAACAGCCAUUCAUCAAUUAUCGAUCAGCAGCGUCUUGUAAACGGAAAUAACACAAAACAUUUAGAUGGUUUAUCAAUUACAGAACUAAACGAUAGCAAUAGCUCCAUCAAAUCAUCGAAUGCUAAAUCUCGUGAAGCAAUGUCCCGGCCUCGUGAUCUUCCCAGUCCCAGACCGCAACAGCUAGAAAACAGUGAGCGUAGUUUGCGGCCGGCUGGCACAGAAACUUACAGAGUUUCGGCAGAGACAGAACAAAACUUCAAUCUCAACCGCUCCAAUAUAUCAGUCUCCAAUGUUCUAAAUGGGCUCAAUGCCAGUGAAAUUGUAUCAACAACAGCGGCUCCUGAUGAUUAUUCACGAGGAAACAUGGGCGGAGAGAGAGGAACAGAUGUUUCAACUUUUAAUGAUAGGAGACAUGAAAGCGUCAUUGUUUCGUCUCCUUUGACCGAGCAAAAGGCAAGAAUCGAGGCAUUGUUUCAUGAAACGUCAAGUGCACUGCGAUUCCCUCUGACAACAUCCACGGAUAAAGAAAAUGUUUCAAAUGGCCAUAUUGAAAUUACAGAGGAGGACGGAAAUUUUGCGACUUAGACAUUAAACAUGUGAAAUUGUGUCAAUGCAAUUUAAAAUUGAUAUUUCAGAAAACUCCUGUGGUAUCGUAAAUGAUCUUCAUAGGCAUUGGCUUUGUGUACAAAAUGAUAAAUAUGUAGAUUUGAUGAUUGAAAUGAGAUUUCUGUGCAUGUCUUAGUUUGUAGUAUCUUUUCGUUUCCAAAUUGCAUGGUUUGUUCUUUGUAUUUCAAAGCAUGUGAAUAUAGUCUUGUAGAAAUA